CAUCAGCCUGCUGGGCUUCGUCCCGUUCCUGGACCCCGUGGUCGCCGGUUUCAUGGAGUCUCGGUGGCAGCUGAUGCUCUCCUUCGACAUGGAGGUUCUGGCGGCGCGGCUGCGCCUCGCGCGGCCCCUCUGCUGCCCGCUGGGUCCCGACCUGUCCCGGGACCCCAAGGUCGCCUCUUCCUUGAAGUCUCUGCCGUGCGUGAUGGGGCUCUACGUUGCGAAGAUGGUCGUCCGCCCCGUGGAUGUGGUGGUCGCCCUGGUGUUCCUCGUCCUAUCCCUGGGCCUCUCGGGCGUGUGUUUCAGGGCGUGA